UAUUGACCUUCUUCGUUUCUGACCUUGGUAUCGAAUAGGUGGUUCCACUUCGGCUAGUUUACUAUAAAAAUCAGUGUUACGACAUGCGUUAUGUACACAAAUGAAGACAUAAUCAUGAUCGGAAGUAAUUUUCGCCCACUAACCGAGCGAUAUAUUUUACACCUGUUUUAUUGUCACCAAACAUUAUUGCUCUAUUAUCUGUGAAAGGCCAUACAUUUUUUCGUUCCAAAAGGAUGUACGAGUUAAUAUGUUCCUCUAACGGUUAUGACAGAAGCGCUCCGAAACUUGUAUAUAAAUAAACGUACGCCCGAUCAGCUACAAGUCAUUGUUUCGUACAACUCGACGCAAACUUUAAACUCAAAAAAUUAUUAAAUAAUAAAUUAUUAAAUAAUCAUUAUUUUACACCAGUCAAAUCACGUUAACUUCUCUAAAUAUUUCAUUAUGUUCAAUAUAAUUUUCAUAUUAUAUGCUGGCAGCAUACUAUGGAGUCAAGUUUUCGCGCAAAGUGACACUAUCAUUUUCGAUAACGGUUCUACCACUAUGGCGCCAAGUACUAGUAAUGGUAUGAUGUGUUCUUGUGUAUCAAUGGGUAAUUGUCCAACUAUGGAUAACAAUAUUGAUAUCCGAAUAGUUAAUACGAUUUCUAAUUGUUCCACUGGACAAGUGUAUUGCUGUUCACCAUCUUCUUCAGGAAAUAUGAUGGAUGGAACUUGUGGCAUUAGAAAAAUUCCUGUAACUCCUCAUCCUCAAGGUCAAGCUAGUUAUGGAGCAUACCCUUGGCAAGCUGCACUUUUAACUAUGAACAAUGCUUAUAUUGGUUCUGGUGUUCUGAUUACACCAAAUAAUGUACUCACUGUUGCUCAUAAAGUAGCAUCUUACACAAAUGGUGGACUGAAAGUAAGAUUAGGAGAAUGGGAUGGACAGUCCACUAAUGAACCCUAUCCAUACCAAGAAUAUUUAACUCAAAAUAUUGUUAUGCAUCCAAAUUUCAAUUCUGUGAAUCUUCAAAAUGAUGUGGCUGUAAUAACUUUAAGUGGCACUGUACCCAUUUCAAGUAGCCCAAAUAUUAAUACUGCAUGCUUUCCAUCAUCAAUGCCUGUAGCUGGUACAAGGUGUUGGGUGUCAGGCUGGGGAAAAGAUGCAUUUGGUAUGAAUGGUCAAUAUCAAAGUAUCAUGAAAGAAGUAGAUGUACCCAUUGUAAGUCAAACAACCUGUGAAGUUUCUCUUCGACAAACUAGACUUGGACAGUAUUAUAAUCUUGAUAAAUAUAGUUUCCUAUGUGCUGGUGGAGAAACUGGGAAAGAUGCAUGCACAGGUGAUGGUGGUUCACCAUUAGUAUGUCAAUCUGACAAUGGGCAAUGGCAGGUGUUUGGUAUGGUGGCAUGGGGUAUUGGUUGUGCAACAAUGAAUGUUCCAGGCAUCUACGUGAAUGUAUAUAAUUACCUUACAUGGAUUACACAGCAAAUAGUUCAAAUAUGAUUACAAAGAAAAUAAAAAAUAUUGGGAACAAUGAAGUACAAUAACUAAUUUUCUUCAAGUAUUAUUUAAAAGUAUUUCCUAUUUAUAUGUCAUUAAUGUAAUCAAUUCAAAUUGAAACUACACAAUAAAGUUAUUAGUAAUUAAAGUUUUAAA